CUCUAGUAUGUAGCCCUAUCUUCAUACAUGACAUCAAAGAUGUUCACUUGCUCAGAUGAUACAGUAUAGUGUAUACCCAGUUACCCACUCGGCGGAGAUUUAAAGCUGUUGGUAGUCGUACGUGUAUAAUUUUGAAAUGACAGCAGCUAAGGUAGAAUUUGCAGUGCAAAUGAAAUGUGAUUCAUGUGUGGAGAAAAUAAGGAAAUGCUUGACCAAUGUUGAUGGUAUUUCUAAGUUUGAUGUGUCAUUAAAGGAUGAGUCUGUUGUUUUGGAAACAACCUUGCCAACCUCGGAGAUUUUAGAAAAACUUGAAUCAACUGGCUGUAGAGCUGUCCUGAAGGGUUAUGGUGGUGGUGUAUGUAAAACUGCAGCUGUUGCAAUGGUUGGAAAUGACUGCGGGCGGGCAGAUGGUCAUAUAAAGGGUGUUAUCAGAUUUCUACAACUUGACAAUGAUACUUGUGUAAUUGAUGGUACGAUAGAUGGAUUGGAACCAGGAAAACAUGGCAUUCAUGUAUAUGAAUGUGGUGAUAUUUCUGAUGGUUGUGAAAGCUUGGGUGGGCACUAUAACCCACAGAAUACAACCCAUGGUGGUCCACUUGACGAUGCAGGAUGUCGACAUGCUGGUGACCUAGGGAAUAUCAGUGCUAACAGUGAAGGCCGUGCUGUGUUUCGUUUCACUGACUCUGUACUUAAAGUGUCUGAUGUAAUUGGCCGAUCUGUUGCUGUUACCGACUCUGAAGAUGAUCUUGGAAGAGGAAAUAAUGCAGGCUCAUUAGAAGAUGGCAACGCGGGAAGAAAGAUUGCAUGUGGAAUUAUUGCUCGUUCUGCUGGCCUGUUUGAAAAUACAAAACGUAUUUGUGCUUGUGAUGGUGUAACUCUCUGGGAUGAGAGGGAUGUACCUCUGGCUGGACCUGGUCGUCGUACUGCUAAAGUUUAGGCUGUUCACAUGUUUUAUGUGCAUAUGUAUAAAUUUUGUAAAUAAUGGUUUUCUUGUGCAUUUAAAAUAAAUUUGUUAAUUUCUCUCUGA